GCAGAGAUUCAAAGUCUGGGAGUGUGAGACCGCAUAAGUUUAGAGCCUCACAUGCUGUAGAUGGUUGGUGUGGAUCUGGAAAAAAAAAUGACCUGAGGCGGACUUGAUACGGUUGUCGUUUGGAUGUUAUUUGCAGCAGACCGGUCGGAGACAUGAACAAAUUUAAUUCCAUGCAGGUGGUGGAACCACAGAACAGGAGAGAGUCAUUUAAGUUUGUGUCAGAGGCAAAGAGGAAUGUAUGGAAGGACGGUACAGAGGAGCGGGCAGAGCCUUCCUGUUGUCUGAGUGUCAGCGAGAUCUCCUACACAGUCAGUGAGCGUGUGGGUGUGUGGUGGGAUCUACCCUCCUACAGGAAGCGACGGACUCGUCAGAUCCUCAAUGAUGUCUCCUUCCACGUGGACAGUGGCCAGAUCAUGGGCAUACUGGGAAAUUCAGGCUCAGGAAAAACCACAUUAUUGGAUGCCAUCUCAGGGAGGAUCGGACACCGUGGUACACUGCUGGGUGAGGUCUUCAUUAAUGGUAGGAAGCUGAAAAGAGAAGAGUAUCAGGACUGCUUCUCCUAUGUACUACAGAGUGAUAACUUGUUGAGUUAUCUGACUGUGGAGGAGACUCUGACAUACACAGCCCAGCUGGCCCUGCGGAAACACUCGGCCGACGCUGUCAGGAAGAAGGUGUCCGCAGUGAUGGCCGAGUUGAGUCUGAGUCACGUGGCCCAUAGUGUUAUUGGAGGUCGUGUUUUCCCAGGGAUCUCUGGGGGUGAGAGGAGGAGGGUCUCUAUUGCCAGUCAGCUACUUCAGGACCCAAGGGUGAUCCUAUUGGAUGAGCCGACCACUGGCCUGGACAGCAUGACCGCCAAUCAGAUUGUGGUGCUCCUGGCAGAGCUGGCCCGGAGAAAUCGAAUCGUCAUAGUAACCAUCCACCAGCCACGCUCCGAACUCUUCAGGGUGUUCAGCAGGAUAGCUAUCAUGAGUCGUGGAGAGCUGGUGUUCUGUGGACAGCCACCGGAGAUGGUGGACUUCUUUAGUCGAUGUGGAUAUGAGUGUCCAGAGUACUGCAACCCCUUUGACAUCUAUGUUGACUACACCUCGGUGGAUACCCGCAGCAGUGAGAGGGAGGCAGCCACGUUUAGUCGCAUGCAUGAGAUCACUUCCUCCUAUCAGCGGUCUGCCAUCUACCAGAGCAUGCUGGGAAAAAUAGAGCAGAGCCUGCAGAGGGAAGAGAAACCAGCCAUCCCCUUUAAGAGCAAAGAAUCACCCAGCGGUGCAGCCAAACUGGAAGUUCUGCUCAGGAGAACUGCAAGAAACCUGUCCAGAGAUAGGAUGGGUGUUCUGAUGCGUCUGUCUCAGAACCUGAUCUACGGACUCUUUGUUGCCUUCUUUGUCAUGCAUUUAGACAACGACGUCACCAAGGGUGCCGUGCAGGACCGCAUUGGAAUCAUCUAUCAGAGCGUCGGUGCUUCGCCCUACACCGGCAUGCUGAAUGCUGUAGCUCUCUUCCCCGCAUUGCGAGCCAUCAGUGAUCAGGAGAGUCAAGAUGGUCUGUACAGUAAAUGGCAAAUGUUCUUGGCCUACAUAUUCCACAUCCUGCCCCUCAGUAUCCUAAGUGUCGUCAUCUUCACCUCUUUCCUCUACUGGACAGUGGGGAUGCACCCUGACAGCCUACGCUUCCUGUGUUUCACUGCUGUAGUCAUGGUACCACAUAUUAUAGGCGAGUUACUGACCGUGGUGUUAUUAGGAGUGGUCCAAGACCCAAACAUGGUCAACACUGGUGUGGCUCUGCUCAAUAUUGCAGGAAUCUUGGUGGGAUCCGGCUUCCUAAGAAACACCCAGCAGAUGCCGGAGGUCUUCCAGUGGCUUGGCUACCUGACUUUCCAGAAGUACAGCUGUGAGCUGCUCAUAGUCACCGAGUUCCAUGAACUCGAAUUCACAUGCAAUAGUUCCAGACCUUUGCCGGGAGCCUGUCCGCUCACUCAUGGCAGUCAGAUCAUUGACGAAGGCUAUCCCGGCGCUCUGUCCCGAUACACACUUGACUUCCUUCUCCUCUACUCCUUCCUUCCUGCCCUCCUGCUGCUGGGUAUGAUCAGCUUCAAGAUCAGAGACAAGCUUGUACGUCACUAGAACAACUGACACCAACCAAGUAUGGUUCAGAUGAUUCAAAACAGAUUUACAGUAAGUAAGAUGAGGGAUGCUAAAGUACUGUGGCUCCUUCAAACACAUGAUCUGCAUUUGCACUUAACCCUUUCCUCUACCAUUCAAUAAAUAUUACCAGAAGUUUUUAAAGAAUAAACUAUUGUAUCACCAAUGGAAACAUUAAACCACGUGAUAUAGUAGCUAAACAACUGUAUGGUACCAGUAUUGAAAAGUACAAUAAAUGCAGCCUGAGGCUGUGUGUAGUUAAAACAAUCAAUAUUUGCACUGUUGUUAAAUGAAUUCUCUUUGUUUAAAAGUAUAAACAAAAUGCAAAAACUACAUGUAGCUUGAGUUUAAAACUAUAAAUAUAUGACAAGUUUAAUUUAAAAUUGACUAAUAGACUUCUUUGCAUUAUCAAGUACCAGAAUAGUCACAUGUCACUCAUAUUUUGCUAGUGUUAGUUUGUUCAUAUAUUGUGAUUAUGUGGUAUGAAUAGAAAGUAAUACCGGUUGAAAUAAUGUAAAAUUGUUUAUUUUUCUGGAAAACUUUGUAUCAUCAGGACACAGACAUUUAGAAAUGGCUUGAAAGGAAAAAGUAGAUCAAUAAGUUCUAUGAAUUCGCAAAUAAGUAUAUAAAAAAACAUUGAUACACCAGAAAUAAAUAAUGAAAAAUGUAUAUGUAUAUGUAACAUGUGGUGUAUGUGUGUGACCAUAAAGUUGAUUGUCAAUCAAG